AUUUAGGUGUGCCCAUCACUGCAAGAGUUAAUUGAUAGAAGUGGUUUUCCAUUUGCGUUUUCUGACCAUUGCAGAGUUUUGCGGAAAUACACUUUUGAAGAACUUUUUUGUUAAAUAACCGAACGUUUUAAAUUAGGGACACUUGAAAAUUUGUUUUCAGCGAAUCUUACACAAUCAAAGAAGGGAAAAUUGCUUUUGGACCAAAUAUAUCCAGCGCUAAUAAAAGAAAUACUUGAAGAAAUCACUUCAUAUUUAAAGAAUCUCUCAACAGAUUUAAAAAAUCGGGCAUUCAGCACGUUAGAAAUAGUUUUUUCGACAGAUGGAAGAAAUGCUGCGGAAAUGGUUCAGUUAUUUAUCCGGCGCCGAAAACAUGCAGUUUUUGAUGGAUUUCUGCCGCAAUCCGUUUCCAGAUAUCAAAGUUGCGUGUCUAAGCUUUAUCAAAUCUGUUUGUCUCCAUAGAUGGGGCAUUGUAGCGCUCAAAGGCACAGCCGGAUUUGUUGAGUAUUUACUGGAUCGGAAAAUUGAGUUUGAUAAGGAGGCGAAGUACAAGAAGUUCGAAUUAAUUAGUCUAUUGGCAAAUAGCGAUGUUUUCGAUAUCCAAAUUAAACUUCAAUUACGAACUUAUGUCAACGAAGGACCUUACUUUAGACAAAGCAUAAUGGACAUUGCUACUGAAGGCAAUUAAUAUAGUAAUCUCUGUAAUUCUUCUAACCCUAGAUAUGCAUUUGUAUAUCAUAAUCAAUAUUUCGACUGUAAGCGAAACAUUUUCAAAUUUUAUCAACAAAACUGACACGAGAACUUCA